AUGCGUUUCUCAUCCUAUGCUCUCCCCGCUUUGGCGGCCAACUUGGCUGCUGCCAUGCCCAGGCCUCAAGAUAUCGACCUUGAUAUGGUCCUGGCCGCCCCGGAUCCGACCUACUCUGAAGCCACCGGUGCCACUGCUCAGACAAUCACUGUCGACCCUGCGGCUCUCAUUGCUUCAGCUACCGCUGCCGUUUCCUCUGUCAGCGUCGAAAUCAGUGAUGUUCUGUCCCAGACUGCUGUAGUCUCCAAGAGAGCGGCUGCCACCCCCACCACCUGUGCUCAGCAGCCUGCUGGAGCUAGCUCCGCCCCUACCUACGCACCCGGAGCCGACACUGACAACGUCUCUGCUUUCCGGGCAAACACUUACUACUCUUCCGUUGCUGCUGCCGCGCCGACUCCCUCUGGCUACACUCAAUCAUUCCAGGCCCAAACGGCUUCCAACAAUGCAUUUGACACAUUCGACACCUACGACGUCGCUACCUGCGCAUCCCGAUGCACUGCUAAGUACGGCUGUGUCUCGUUCAACAUCUAUUACGAACGUGACCCAUCUGCUGACACGAUGCANGUCAACCCUGACGACUCAUCCUGUUCGAACCCCUCUUCGGUAACCAUGAUCAAAUGCGUGUACUGGGGUGGUCAGGUCACCCAGGAAAAUGCCCAAAACUUCGGCCAGAUGCGCGGUAACUUCGAGGUCGCUAUUGCGGGCUCAAACGGAUACGUCACCACCCAGAUCUCCACCCCCGCUGGUUACCAGAUGGGCGUUCCCUAUGGCAUGUUCGCCAUCAACGCACCUUACGAUGCUCAGGGUUACAACACGUACAUGGGAGCCAAGAUCUUCACUGGAACAUGGGACGUCUCGCAGUGCUCCAACUACUGCGAUGCCCAAACCAAGUACAACCUCGCCACAGCUCCCAAGGACGGCACUCCUGCCAAGGUCUGCAAGUUCUUCAACACUUACCUCCUGCAGGCCAAGUUGGCCAAUGGCACAAUUGUUCCCCAAGGCCAAUACUGCUCGCUCUACACUGAAGCUUGGCCCAUCAAGUACGCCACCAACGGUGGACAGUGGAGAGGCCAGGACCAGUACACUGUUGACUACAGCUUCGGCUACGCCAAGACAGCCAGCUCUUCUGAUGUCGAUCCCACCGUUGGAGACGUCAAGGGCGCUGCCUACCAAGCCCUUGCUGACAUCAAGUGGUCUUCUCUCCAGCCUUUCUGCUCGACCUACCUUGGAUGGACUGUCCCUGUCGUCAGUGCCACUGCUCUGACCACCACCACCCCUGUCGUUACAAGCACCGUCUUCUCCACCACAACACUAGCUAGGAGAGCCGCCACAAGCACUCCUGGAGGCUUGACCAAGUACCAAUCCGUCGCUCUUUCGAGUGCCUGCUCUAUGGCUGUCACUAGCCCUACCAUUACUUCCACAACCACCGUCGCCACUUCGACAGCCACCGCCGCAGCGAGUACCACAACUGUGGUAUCUGUGAGCACUGCACCAGCUGUCUCUGCUCCUCGAUGCGAUCCUGCUGCUGCUUAUUUCGGCAGCUACAACAACGGUGGGUGCGGAGUCAACGCCAGGAUCCGUUUGGCUAUGGAGGCUGCUUCUGCAACUAUGGCACAGACGGCUAUGCUUACUGUGUUGAUGAUGAUGCUUCACAGAAAACCUGUUCAGUCGACAGUGACUGUGAUGCGGGCGAGUUCUGCGACGUUGGAUCACAGUCAAACCCCUCUACAUACUACUGCUCAUCGGGCAAAUCUUGUACCUCCACCUACAACUCCGAGAGAUCUUCCUGGCUCGGCUGGUAUGCCCAGAUUGGCUCGUAUGCCUCACAAGAGAUCCGACAUUGUCAUCGGUCCCAAUGCCCUCAAGGUGUUGUCCCUGGUCCAAGCAAACUCGCUGCCCGCAACUCUAGCCUCGAGCAAAGCAGCUGUCAUGACCAGUAUUGCUUCGGCGGUCGCUGCCGCAACCGCAAGCGCAACAUCCUAG